AUGGCUGUCUUUGUGUUCGUUGCGCGUAACGGCGCCUUCUUUGACAAGAGUUCAAAGUUUCAUGUCUGGUUUCAAGGCUGGUUCACUUCGGAAGCGUCACUGGCUGGGAUUGCCCCUCACGAUCGUUUCGUACCACAGCUUGCCUCUUCAAAUCUUGCAUACAAUAUGCCUGCCCAAAUUCUUUCUUGUUCUAUUCUUGGCGACAUCACUGCUGCUUCCUUGGAGGACAAACCUCAGGUUAAGCCAGGUUGUUCCGCCUCUUUCACAGACGGCAUGGAUGUUCUUGACUUCAUCGACGAACUCCGCAGUAUGCUUCAUACGAUUGACAAUCAUGCCGCAACACCUGACAAGGCUUCAAUCCAAUACUGCCUUGAGCUCGACGAAGCCGAAGCACAAGACGAGGAGGACAUCACUGAAGGCUGGGUCCAUGGGAGACCACAGCGAUUCGAGCCUCCACCGAGCUACCAAGAUAUCUAUAGCGAAGAUGAUGAGUGCCCUUUCUCAGAUGAGGAGCUCGAUCGGCCGGUGUCGAUGCUAUCACGCCGGGCCAUGUACUGGGCAUGUCGCCGUUCCGAUCGUAUUCGCGAUGCAGCUCGUGCUAGACCUGUUCCUGCCUCCAUCCCGCUUUCUGAGUUCGAGGAUCCCGAGAGCCCGAUCCGCCCAUCGGCGCACGCCCUCGGGAGAAGAUCACAUCUCCACCAAAGCUGGACUAUGGAGGAUCUCGAAGAUUACGAGCCGGAUUCUGAGAUUGAAUCUGAUGCUUCGUCAGAGCCUUCUAUGCAGUGGUCAGACGAUGAAGAACUAGAAGAGCCUGCAGCUUUGCUCGACUUCUUUGCGUCAUGCACAAAGGUUAUUCGGAUAGAUCUCGCUGAUCGGAGUGACAGCGAAGACGAUGACUCGCUGGAUACUAUCGAGGAGGGUGAAGAGUUAGAGGAUGUAGGUGACUUGAUGGAGUACUUCAAAUCAUGCAAACCGUCGUAG